UCAAACAACUACGCAGAGACGACUUUACCCAUUGCGAGGCUCCGAGCGGCAGGUCUUUACGAAGCCCUUUGUCGUCAUAAAAGUAUGUGAUGCGAAAGUAUCUCUGGUUUUGUGGUUUAGACAUUUGUCAUAUUACUACAUAAUUAAUUUAUCAAUUAUGUUUUAGCUGAAUGAAUUAGUUAACUAACGUUAUUCAAAUUUACCUGAUAAGUAAUAACCUUAAUAAGUAAUUAAGGAUCAAAUACAAAAGUUUUAAACGAAAGAAAUGAAAUUAAAAAAUUUCUAUUUUUUUUAAUUUGCUUGAGUUGUUGCGCGAGACUCUUGCAAGUUCAAGGCGCCGUGCGAUUGCCCUGUUCGCCAACUCCUAAGGCCGCUGCAAAUAGGAAUAUAAGGUUGGGCUCACAAUUUAUUGCGAGCCAACAUUAUUAUAUCGAAGGGAUCGAUAGAAGUUACUAAGCAGAGACUUGAUAAGAUGUGUACUUUACGGACUCUUAUGCCUGAUCACUUUAAGUGUUUUGAUGCGAAGAAGGAUUUUGAAAAUGUAUUUAAAGUUAUAAGACCGAUCGUCCUUCCUCAGCUUUCGAAAGACCACUUCCGAGUUUUUACAGUGAAAGUCUACGAUAGUUUGCAGGCCGCAGAGAUAACGCAAGCCAUGAAAUAUACUAUGUUGAUUGGUGAAUACAUGAAGCAAUGUGACUGUAUAGGAGAAUAUAUUGGAAUUUUCGACUUGACUGAAGUUAAAAGCAUCGUGGAAUUGAUAAAAAAUUUGAACCUUAUGGAUUUACGAAAAACAUUAACAGUUUUGUUUGAAGGUCACGGGAUGCGUCUCAAAGGAAUAUAUUUUGUAACGACAUCUAAAGUAAUCGAUACAUUGAUCGGUAUAUUGAAACAAGUACUGAAACCAAAGAUAAUAAAACGAAUAAAGGUAUUUAAAACAUGGGAAGAAAUCUAUGAUUUAAUUGGAAGAGAAAUAAUUCCAGCUGAUUUUGGUGGCUAUGAGAAAACGGAAAAAGAGAUACAUGAUGAUUGGAUCGAGGCUUUAAGCGAGGAGGGUUUCAAGAAAUACUUUCGGGAUAUAAGCUCUGCGCGCACUGUUGAGAGUUGCAGGCCUAAUCUUAUGUUUAGUGAGGAGUACGCUGGUUUGCCCGGCACAUUCCGGCUUCUAAGUGUUGAUUAAGCAAAAACUUAAAUGGUGGCGAGAGAUUUUAUAAUUUUGUGUAAUGGUAACGUUUUUAUAAAUGUGACUAAUAGCAACAAAGAUUUGAUAUAAUUGUAUACUAUAACGUCAAUUGUAUAUAUUAUAUAUAAUAUAAUUUCACAAAGAUAGAUCCAUACAAGUUAAAAUUAUAUGGCAUUUUAAUGUUGGAAAUACUCUUACACUUUUUGUAUUUUUACAAUAUUAAAACAAGGGUUAGAUUAUAAAAGUAAAAUUAUUUUAUUUUAAAAUAUUUCAAUCCAACGUCAAACCUAUAUGAGUAUAACUAUAUGAGUGUGUGGAAGGACAUCUCUCGCCGGCUCCAAGUCUUCGACCACCACUGUCUCCUCUUACUGGCACAAUUCUCCAACGAGGAAUUCUGGAAGCACUUUCGAGAAACUCCUAUUGGCCAUCAGAUCAAGAGACGCAAGUGUAACUUAACUGACGCUUCAAAGAGAUUUCAUCAUAUACCUAAGCCUGUAUUGGAACCCACAAGGAUAGCGGAAGCGUAACCGUCCCAACUCCCAAGCAAACCUGUUGUACAAAUAAAUCAAAGAGAGCCGGAUUGACUUGGAUUGAGAUGAAAUACGAAGUUUAACACAGUACGCGAUGGAGGCACACUGUUAAAGCCCUCUGCCCCAUAAUUAACAUGUUAGUAUAUAAUAUUAUUUCACACGCGAAAACAACAUUAUAUUUAUUUCCCCCUAAUAUCAUGAAUCUUGAAUUUUAUAUUAGACAAAUCUAUAAAAUUAAAUUAAAUUAUUUCGUACGUUACAUGUACUACUCUGUUAAAGAAGUAUUAUUACCAUAUCAUACAAGAAUCCAUCCAAUCUUUGCAAUUAAAGGUCGCGAUACGAAUAAUAACAUACUACAAACAAAACAAAAUAAUUUUGAAUAUUAUUUCGCAUGAGUAAGAAACUUCGGGCAUUGCAUUCAAUGUUAUGCAGACUAAAUAAUUUAUUAUAAAUAUUCAUUUAAGUAAUAAUAUUUUUUUUUAUUAAAAUGAAGACGUUUUAUUUUAUAAUUAAUUAUUUAGAUUGUUGAUGUAUUUUUGAGUAAUUAAGGCAAAGGUCAUUCUGGAAAUUCUUGAAAAUUCUAUUUAAUCGUAAGUUUAUUGUUAAAUACUUAAAUUUUUAUAACAUUUUACUGUCUUUGUUGUAUGAUGUCUGAUUUCGAAGCAUUGAAAAUCAUCUGAACAUUUUUUUAUAAUGUAAUAGUUUUAAGGCUUUCUGCCAUACUAAUUUCGUACUUAUCCGAAAGCAGCUAAACAUGUCUUAGAAAUUCCUUAUAGGUUCCCGAUUUCAGUCGAAAUUCAGACAAGAUUUGAAUCUGAGAACGUGUGGUCUACUUUUCUCUCAAAGCUGGCGCGAAAUUACUUUAAUACCCUCGUGCUUCGAAUAUAAACGACAUUCCACCGCCGAAACCCUUAAACAAUAAUUAUCCUGUUUAACAUUGAAUGACCUCUAGUCUUCGGUACUCUGAAACUAUCAUUAAAGCUAUAACUUUUCAAUAGACAUAAUCCUUGUUUCCUUAAUUGUUAGAAUAUAUAAAUAUAUGUUCAAAACUAACGCGCGCGGAAUACUUAACCGUAUCUAUGUAUUACAGUAAUAUUAUUAAAAUUGCCGAGAUAUUUAACAAAAUACUCAGACAAUACAAUAAAAAAUGUACAAGGUCGUCAUAACUUUUUAAGUGUAUUUAAAAUGUGUAGUAAAGCUAGUACUAAGCAAUGUGCCAGCUAUAAUAUCUUUCAUUUAAAAAAUAUAUAAAUUGUGAAUAAAGAUUUUUGUAUGUUG